AUUUUAAAUAUGACUUCUAGAGAAGACAAUAUUUACUUUGCCAAGCUAGCUGAACAAGCUGAGAGGUACGAGGACAUGGUCAAGAGGAUGAAGCUUGUCGUAGCCACUAAUCAGGAGCUCAAUAAUGAAGAAAGAAACCUCCUUUCAGUCGCAUAUAAAAAUUCUGUAGGGGCUAGAAGGACAGCAUGGAGAUCUGUAUCAGCUAUAGAAGCUAAAGAGAAGCAAAGAAACUCGUCACACUUGAAACUAGUAUCUGGAUAUAAGGAUAAAAUUGAGAAGGAACUCAAUGAUAUCUGCGAGGAUGUCCUUUCCUUACUUGAUGACACACUUAUAGAAGGAACUUCUGGAAUUGAACCAACCAUUUUCUAUCUCAAGAUGAAAGGAGAUUAUUUUAGAUAUCUAGCAGAGUUUUAUAAAGGGAAUGAUAAUAAAUUAGUUAUUGAGAAAGCUCAGGAAGCUUAUAAACAAGCUACUGAUGCUGCCAAACCACUGAAGCCAACUCACCCAAUCAGGCUUGGAUUAGCUUUGAAUUAUUCAGUUUUCUAUUAUGAAAUCGUUGAGUCUCCUGAAAUUGCUUGUAAGCAUGCAAAGAGCGCAUUUGAUAGCGCAAUAGCAGAACUCGACACUCUCGAAGAAGAAGAUUAUAGAGAUUCAGCUGCAAUUAUGCAACUUUUGAGAGAUAAUCUUACUCUUUGGACUACUGAUAUGAAGGGAGAUGAAAAGGAAGAGGAUAAAAACAAGGAUGGAGAGGCUGAUGUAUAG